UGCACAACAUUAAGCUAUCUCCCCAUCGAUAUUGCACACUUUAACUUGUUACCAUAUUUAGUUCUUUUGUAUGCCUUUAUAGUGGCUUGUUAAUUUACACUGCUGGUUCCUGCAACCUUUUACAAAUUGGUAAAAAUGAAAAUUGAGAGAGGAAAAUUUGUGCUGAAGCUUUAUUCGUCCUUUGGUUAAGUGAUUACUGAAUGAAAACAAAUUUAAAAAUAGUAAUAAGGUUUUUGUUCUAUCAAACACAAUCAAGAUUUGUUAGCUUGCUUGCUGCUGCUUAGAUCAAUAUUGGUUUCUCACAUCAACUAUGCUAAUGUUGAGGUGAUAAUCAGUCCUUCACUAGCAUAAGGAUGUAUAUGCAGACUAAUUUUUGUCUCCGUUGCAUGGCAUUUGUGUUGUUGUAUACUGCUCAAGUACUGCUUAUGAGAUUGCUUGAACUUUAUCCUGGAGCCUCAAGAGUUGUCGUUGGCCAAAGCUACAUCUAUCUUUCUUUCAGUGUUUUGCUGGAACUGAUAACGUUUCGAGUCUGCAGAAGAAUGAAUCAUAGAAAGUUAAUGUGUGCAUCCAUGGUUGUGGUCUUGACACGGCGGAGCGGACCUCGCUCGGGAAGCUGCUGCAGCCGGUAGACUAUUGAUUGGAACUUUUAGGUCAAUCCCUGUUUUGUUCCCAUGCUUGAAAUUGAUGGUCUUCAUUUUGUUGGUUGUGACAAAAGUCAAAACCGGAUGGAGGUGUUUAGUUGUGGAGCAGAUUGCGGGUUUUGAAUUUCUUUUCCAAAUGUCGUCUUCACGCCCACCGCGGAGGGGUGGUGACCGAAGAGAUAGUGGCAAAGGCGUCCCUUGUGGGCUCUGCUCCUAUCUCGCGGAUUGGGCUGACAUGUUACUAAGGAUGUAUGUAAGAUGGGGAGAGAAGCAGCGUUAUAAGACACGAGUAGUUGAGAAAUCACCUGGUGAAGAGGCCGGUAUAAAAUCAGCAACUGUUGAACUAGAGGGGAGAUAUGCUUAUGGCUAUCUCUCUGGCGAGAAAGGGACACACAGGAUUGUUCGUCAAUCACCAUUUAAUGCUAAAGGGCUUCGGCAGACAAGCUUUGCUGGUGUUGAGGUUAUGCCUCUUCUACCAGAGGAAUCCAUGGCUGUGGACAUACCUGAAGAGGACCUGGAGAUAAGCUUCACAAGAGCUAGAGGUAAAGGAGGCCAGAACGUGAACAAGGUGGAAACGGCUGUUCACAUGGUUCAUAUUCCAACUGGAAUUGCAGUUCGUUGCUCAGGUAUAAUUUCACACCAGUUUGCAUUUGCAUUGUGGUGAACAACACAUACUCAGUCUUCUCUAUGUACAUUGGAUCUUAGGCAAUCGAUUACAAAAAAGCAAAAAAAAAGUAGUAAAUGAAUUGGUGGUAAGCAAAAGAUGUGAAAAACUAAUUGAUGCCCUCCUGAAAGUACCAGAACUUCCUACCCCUGAAUCGUGACCAUAGUUGAUAGGUAAAAUCUUCUCAGCUUUUACCAAUGCUGGAUUGCCACUCUUGCAGAAAAGCUAUUUACAACUUUGUGUAGCCAGGAUGUCUGAAAUAUCUUUGAAAAUUGAAAUCAAGAAGUCAAAGUAACUGCAGGUAAUACGAGAUAAAUCUGGCAUUUGUUUUUAAUGUCCAACUUUGCAGAGGAGAGGAGCCAGCUGGCCAACAAAAUAAAGACCCUCAGCCGGCUCAAAGCGAAGCUGCUGGUGAUCGCCCUGGAGCAGCGUGCAUCAGAAAUCAAGCAGAUCCGUGGAGACAUUGUGAAGGCAGAGUGGGGGCAGCAGAUACGCAACUACGUCUUCCACCCCUACAAGCUCGUCAAGGAUGUCAGGACAGGGUGUGAGACGUCGGACAUCACUAGCGUAAUGGAUGGAGAGCUAGAUCCCUUUAUCAGAGCAUACCUUAAGUACAAGCUAACUGCGGUAGCUACCAGCUGAUUUUUGUUGAGGAGCAUAGCGAUGAGUGAUACCUACAUCCAUUGUAUUAUGUUGUAGUAUGAGGUUUUCAUCUCUCUCUUGAUUUAGUAUAAUUUCAUAGCACUAGCAAUCUAGCAUUGUAUUUAUUGAUCUAGGAAUCGAAGUGGAAACAUGGCAAA